AGAAGAGGUUGACAACUCAGCAAGUUCUUGAUCAUACAUGGCUGCAGAAUGCAAGUAAAGCUCCCAAUGUUAAUCUAGGUGAAACCGUACGAGCAAGACUUCAGCAAUUCUCUGGGAUGAACAAACUUAAAAAGAAAGCCCUACGGGUAAGUGAUCAUAGCUCAACACUCUUAAGGCAUGCAACUUUUGAUUUUGAUUAUCUAUUUGUUGAUUAGUGAAUUAUAUUGCAUGAUAAGUCUGCUCUGCUCUUUCUUACAGGUUGUGGCUGAAUACCUCUCUGUCGAGGAAGUUGCAGACAUAAAGGAAAUGUUUGACAAGAUGGACAUUAAUCAAGAUGGGAAACUAUGCUUUGAGGAGCUGAAACUCGGUUUGCAUAAGCUCGGUCACCAGAUUUCAGAUUCAGACAUUCAGAUAUUAAUGGAAGCAGCUGAUGUCAAUGGAAGCGGUACCUUAGAAUACGGAGAAUUUGUUGCUGUCUCAAUCCACUUGCGCAAGAUUGGAAACGAUGAACACCUGCACAGAGCCUUCUCAUACUUCGAUCUGAACAAGAGUGGAUACAUAGAAAUUGAAGAACUCAGUGAUUCCUUAGCUGACGACUUGGGUCCAAACCGAGAAGAAGUUAUUAAUGCAAUCAUUCAUGAUGUCGACACAGACAAGGUCAGAAAUUUAAGUCUUCUGUCCAUGAACCAUUCAUCUGCUUUAUACUUUUGUCUGCGGACAUCAAUAGUUUACGAAAAUAUGGCUGCAUUUGCAAUUAUAACAACAUCAGCUGACAAUGGACGUCUUUCAUCACAGGAUGGUUAA